AUGACUUCAAUAAGUCAAGAUCUUAUUUUUGCCUCUCUUCUCUUCUUCUUGCUUCUCUAUCCUUCUCUUGGUGUUGAUGUUGUUGGUGCUGGUACUGGUGCUGGUGCUUUGAACUCUGCUCUCUUCCCUCCUGCUCCUCCUCCCCCCAACUAUUUUCGCAUUUUUGACCAUUUGGCAAGUCUUUUCUCUGACUCUCACUUCCUCCUGUCUGAUCCUCUCCUUCUAGCUCCCUUCCCUCCUCUUCCCUCAAGAAUUUUCGCAAUUUUCACUAUUUGUUCUCUUGCCUCUUCCUCCUUUAUUAGUUUACAUGUAUUGUAGUAGUUGAAAUAUAAUUUGGAAUUUUCGCUUU